AUGCAAUCGCUCAAAGCACUGGAUACUCACGAUGCGACACAAAAAGUUCGCCAAUUUCUCGAAAAGUCAGAACAGAGUGUCACCAGUGUGGAGUCUGCUGAGCUGAGCUUUUCGUCGAGACUAUGUUCAAAUAUCCUUGAGCUCUUUCGGGAAGUCUUUCUGCUGCUGUCCAACUCGGAUACUCCUUUCCUAUCACGAGCAGAAUAUAUCAGUUUGGAACGCAGUUUCGGUCAGCUCAAGCUAUGGUCAGAUGGAUAUGGCGUAUCGACCGGAGAGCUGGAUGAUCUGCUUGACAAAUCGAGACUAUUGCGGAGGGAUACUCUCAAGCUUCUUCGGAGCAUUGGAAUUAACUUAACGGAACGCCUCUUACCGCAGCUCUUCGGCAAGUCUUCCAUGACGGAGUCGCUGGGACUGAUUAGCAAUGGAUUAAAGGCUGUUCUUGAGUCGUACCACGACGACGAUGGUGAAUCAACGUCCAGCGGCGAAUCUGACGAUUCCUUGGAGGAUAACGUUCAAGAAAUGACAAAGGACCUUCAAACCGAUACUCUCUGUUUGAUGGAGCUCGGCGAAUUAUUCAGAGAACCCGUUGUAGACAGUGUCAGGGAUGCAGAGACAUCGGCUUCGCACGAAGCUUUGUUGGGUUGGGCGCCAUAUCAAGCCUUCUGCGAUAAGGUCGGAACUCGGUUUCCUCUGGCUGUCCAACUUCUGGUGGCCCGGUUAGGGAAGGCAAACUACGAAAGAUGUAUCAGGUGCCAACAAUUACGACACAAUCAAGAGAUCAAAACGGUAACAGAAGACUCGAGAAAUCCGCCGUUGUAUCUUGCCCCGAAAGGCUCAACGUUCCACGACUCAGGCCUAGGUUCCUCGAUCCCCUCUGCCACCUCUUAUGCAGAGACAAUGUUGUCGUACGGAAGCACAAAUGGACGUUCCGUACAUGUUCCUGCCCUCCCUUCUGACGGAAAAUCUAGGAAGCCAUUCGCCUGUCUUGUCUGCGGUAAACUCGUGAAUAUCUCAAACAACUCAGCCUGGAAACAACACAUCUAUUCCGAUCUCCGGCCAUGGCUUUGUCUUGACAUGUCGUGCUCAAAUGGAGACACGUCUUUUGAAAAUAGAAAUGACUGGAUCUCUCAUUUGGCACUGGAUCAUAACCUAGAGCCUAGGUGGAGGUCGUUCGAAUGCCCUUUGUGCCAUGCUGAGACUGGAGCCGGAAAGGUCGCAGUCACGAGGCACCUCGAAGCUCACCUUGAGGAGAUCUCUCUUGCUGCACUUCCCAUUGAUGUGGACUCUGAAAGCGACUCAGAGAGUGACGAUGAACGCGAUGCUGAUCUGGGGAGCCGUGAAGGUCAAUCCGAGACAUUACUGGAGGCAAUGCUAGCUGAUCCCCUGGCACCUUUGACACCCGCAGAAUACGGAAUUCGAGGUUCCCCGCAAUACAAAAGCAAUUUACGUGCAGUCCUGGACUGGAGGAAGAGUAUGCUCAGCGGCCCCCAGCCGUCGCCGCUCAGAGAGAACUUACUGGCAGAGCUCGAUGACAAGGCAGAUCAAAGACCUAUUUCCCAGAUCAAGGGAACUUCGGACUCUCCUGAGAAGCACCACCAAAACACGGACAGCAGCAAUGGAGAAUGUAGCGGCGAACGCACUCCUGCAGUGAAGCCCCUCCCGACACAUUCAUCAGCUCCAUUAGGCCCGAAGGCGUUCGAUGGCACCAUAACGGAUGUGUACGGCGAUAAGCUGUACAGCCCGCACUCUGCUAUUACCGACACUGCUGGCAAUGCUUUAGGUUUCUCUUCGGUGACUCCCAGUCGGCCUUCUUCGCCGCUGGGGUCGAAGCAGGGAUCGACGACUAACCUGCAAGGUGCUACGGGCAACCAAGCCGAUAGCAAUACCCCGACUACGUGUACAAACUGCUUCACACAAAUCACUCCACUGUGGCGCCGUAACUAUGAGGGCCAAAUUAUUUGCAACGCCUGUGGCUUGUUCUUGAAGUCGCGCGGUUUCGCUCGACCGUCGAGUUUCAAGACGGACGUUAUCAAGAAGCGUAACCGAGGACCUGGAGCCAACCCUCCAGUCGGCGGAACAAGCACUACCUCGGCUUCGCCACAGACACAAGCGCAGAUAGUCACGUCGCCAGAUAACAGUGUCUUUGUCCCAACGCCCCGCGCUCGCAAAUGA